AUGGCGGGGCCGGCGCGGACAGGCGCGGAGCAUCCCCGCUGCCGGGGCAGCGUGGCAGCGGCCGGGGAGGUGGAGCCAGCUUCUGACCUGCCAGCAUCGAAACGCGGAACACGCGAGGAAAACCAAUUUCCUCUUUUGAUUUAUCGUAACGAAUCGGUUUUCAAAAGCAGGCCCAGCAAGACAGAAAGCAGGUGCGGCGGCCGGGCCACCCCGCGCCGGCCGCGGGCGGCGGCUGAGGAGCUGGGCCCCGCGCCGCCGCCAUGGAGCACAUCCGGAUGCCCAAGGUGGGUGCCGCAGCGCGGGCAGCGGGGCCGGGCCGGGCCAGGCCAGGCCGGCGGGGAGAGGAUGCUCGGGGCCCGGCACCUUUCCCCGCGGCUUCUGCUUCAGCGGAAAGGAGGCUUUCACCGCAGCCCUGCGGCGUGUUGUGUAAAGGUGGACAGUAUUCACUUUUAUUUUCUGAGCAUACAGGUUAGAGCAACACACCUUACAGCAAAGCUGGUGCUUUCUGGUUCUGUGGAAAAUGUUCGGUUACUUGAUCGUUUAUCUUCAAGAAAAGCUUCCCUGGGAACGUUGUAUUUGACAGCUACCCAUGUCAUAUUUGUGGAGAAUGGCUCUGAAACUCGUAAAGAAACCUGGGUUCUUCACAGCCAAAUUUCCUCUAUUGAGAAGCAGGCCACCACUGCCACUGGUUGCCCGUUGCUGAUCCGCUGCAAGAACUUCCAGGUCAUCCAGCUGGUCAUUCCUCAAGAACGAGACUGCCAUGAUGUUUACAUAUCUCUGAUACGUCUGACACGACCAGUGAAAUACGAAGAGCUGUAUUGUUUCUCAUUUAAUCCAAAAUUAGAUAAAGAAGAAAGAGAACAAGGAUGGAAGCUUCUGGACCUCAAUGAAGAAUAUAAUCGGAUGGGUGUUCCGAAUAACUAUUGGCAGAUUAGUGAUGUAAACAGAGACUAUGGAGUCUGUGACUCGUAUCCUACAGAAGUAUAUGUACCAAAGUCUGCAACCGCACACAUCAUAGUGGGCAGCUCUAAGUUUCGGAGCCGGAGGCGUUUCCCAGCUCUUUCCUACUACUGUAAAGAUAACAAUGCCUCCAUAUGCAGAAGCAGUCAGCCUUUAUCUGGCUUUAGUGCUCGGUGCCUUGAGGAUGAACAGAUGCUCCAGGCCAUUAGAAAAGCAAAUCCAGGAAGUGAUUUCUUAUAUGUUGUUGACACUCGGCCCAAACUCAAUGCAAUGGCAAACCGAGCAGCGGGAAAGGGAUAUGAAAAUGAGGACAACUACUCCAACAUCAAGUUUCAAUUCAUAGGCAUUGAAAACAUCCAUGUCAUGAGAAAUAGUCUGCAGAAAAUGCUUGAAGUUUGUGAGCUGAAGUCGCCUUCAAUGAGCGACUUUCUGUGGGGCCUAGAAAAUUCUGGCUGGCUGAAGCAUAUCAAAGCCAUUAUGGAUGCUGGCAUUUUCAUUGCAAAGGCUGUGGCUGAGGAAGGUGUAAGUGUGCUUGUUCACUGCUCUGAUGGCUGGGAUAGGACAGCCCAGGUUUGCUCUGUAGCGAGCCUUCUGUUGGAUUCAUAUUACAGAACUAUGAAGGGAUUCAUGGUGUUAAUUGAAAAAGACUGGGUUUCCUUUGGUCACAAAUUUAACCACAGGUAUGGCAAUUUAGAUGGAGAUCCGAAGGAGAUAUCUCCUGUUAUUGACCAGUUCAUAGAGUGUGUUUGGCAAUUAAUGGAACAGUUUCCUUGUGCCUUUGAAUUCAAUGAGAGAUUCCUCAUCCACGUACAGCAUCAUAUCUAUUCUUGCCAGUUUGGGAAUUUCCUGUGUAACAGCCAGAAGGAGAGACGAGAGCUGAAAAUCCAAGAGCGAACAUACUCACUCUGGGCUCACCUUUGGAAAAAUCGUGCUGAUUACCUGAAUCCUUUGUACAGAUCAGACCACAGUCAAACGCAGGGGACCCUGCACCCAAGGAUGGCUCCAUGCAACUUCUUGUACAAGUUCUGGAGUGGUAUGUACAACCGCUUUGAAAAGGGGCUGCAUCCUCGACAGUCAGUUACUGAUUAUCUGAUGGCAGUGAAGGAAGAAACUCAGCAGCUGGAAGAAGAGCUAGAGGUCUUAGGGGAGAGACUGGCGAAUCUUCAGAAAUCCCAAUUAAAUGAUAAUAAAGUCAAGGGUAAGCAACAAGACCCAAGCAAACACUUAGGCCUUUCUACUUCCAACAACAGCUUGGCUAACACUCCCCAGGAGUAUAGCAACGAUCUGAAAUCAUUCCCGUCUCGGAGCCCUUCGCAAGGGGAUGAGGAAGAUUCAGCCCUGAUUUUGACGCAGGACAACCUGAAAAGCUCUGAUCCUGACCUCUCAGCAAACAGUGAUCAGGAGUCUGGUGUGGAGGACUUAAGCUGUAGGUCCCCAAGUGGGGGUGGCUGCUUGCCCAGUGAAGACAGUGGCAAGGAUUCAGAUGAGGCUGUAUUUCUGGCAGUCUGAAAUACCUUCACAACAGCAAGGAUCCAGGCAAAGUUGAGUCCUUCAGAGUCUGGAACAGUCUUUUCAUCAGAGGAGGAAUGGGAGUGGUCUGUGGCCUAAGGAAAUAAUCCAAAGACAGGGAACUGUGCAAUUGUGUAAGUAAAGGCAGAACAAGCCAUUACUAGUUUUAAGACAUAAUGCUAAAGGUAUUAUCUGCUGUUAUAUUUAGUUAGACCAGUGCGGUGUUUGUUUUAUCAAUGCUGUACGUAUUUAUUCCUUACUUUGUACAUUUACGUAAUUAUUUCUUGUACAAAACAAUAGUUCUUCUCCAAAGAUAUGAAAUCCCAAAGCACUCUCUUACACACAGGGGCAGGAUUGAAGAUUCAUUAGUGUUAGCCUUACUGGUGAAUCAGUCAAAAGUUAUUUUUAUAGAGCUUUUUUGCCUUCAGACAUAUGUGUAUUCUUCACUUCUUAUUUUUUCAUGGGUGGUGUUAAACUUUGAAUUUCAACAAUUAUUUUUCCAUAUUUUCCCAUAGAACCCUUUAAGGCAAAAUAAAACUAACAAAUGGACAUGCUUAAGAGCAAAUGAAACUUUAAUCCUGAAAAAGUAUCCUUUAGUAAGCAGCUGCUGCUGCGGCACAUGAAUGCAUCUCAUUUGUACUCAACUCUCAAGCAGUGGUUGAAACUUCAGUGUUUUCUGUGAGCAUAACUUCAAGAAAUGUAACAGUACUUCCACAGCCUUUGUGGUACAGCAUCCCUUUAUAAUGAAAGGUACAGUGAGGCAGUCUACUCCAGACUCCUUUUGUUCUCAAGUUUGUUUGUUUAUAUCUUGUUCCCAAUGGCCUACAUAAGAUAUACAGAUAAAAAUUUAAAGGUAAUAAGCCUCCAAAUUCUCCAGCCUGUUUUGAUUUCUACUUGAAAAUGUUUCAUUUCAGUGGGAGCAAGGUACAUACACAGAACAGAGAAUCCUAAGUCACUUAUGAAAAGCAUCACUCCCAAUUCCGAAUUAAAUGUUAUGCCCAUAAAGGAACCACUAUAAAGAAUAUUCCUUACAAAUUUUAUUGUUCAAAAUAAAUUAACCACAAUCAAAAGUUUGGGUUUUUUAUCUUCACACAAUGUUUACCUUUUAGUAUUUG